AUGGAGUCUACGUCGACUGCCCGAACUCGCAAGAAUACGCGGGUGCUCACCGCAUGCGAUGCCUGUCGACUCAGCAAGACUCGAUGCGAUUCCGCACGACCAGUGUGUGCCAAAUGUAUCCAGCGGGGUGUAGCUUGCGAGUAUCCGGAGACGGACGCCAUCUCAGUUCUAGAAACAUGGGGCGCAAGAAUCCUAGACGCAGUAGAACGUCAAGAGCGGCUGCUGUCAGAAAGGCUCUCUAUGAACUGGGUGCCUCCUUUUUCGCAGGCGUCGCCAUCCCCAGUGGACGAAGUAGAUCCCGAGUCAAUCUCGCGCAAUGAUGCGCCCAAGACGCCCAUUACCGGGUCGGACAUGAUUCUCAGCUGGCCUAUUUUUCCAACAGACAAGCCUGUAUCAACCUUUCCAAUGAUGGCGUAUUCAGAAAAGCCAGACUGCUUUCAAUCGGUUCUACCAAGCUUGGAUCCCCAAAGACUCCUUGAGCUGCGAGAGAUUUUCAUGACCAAGAUCUGGAUCAAGAACCCGAUCGUUGACUCGGACCAGCUGGACAUUGCUAUUGCCCGAGUGCUGGAAAACGGCAUUGACUGGUCCGCCUCGUCGUGCUUAGUUCUUCUCAUCUUUGCGCUAGCAGCCAUCUGGGGGAAUUAUCCCGACGACGAAACCCGCGAGGUCUCUUACAAUGAACCAUCAUUCGGUCCACCGGUCAAGUAUAUAACUAUGUCAGUUCCGGAGCAUCGAAUGAAGGAAUCGCUGUCCUUCCUCUCCAUGGCGCGUAAGCGUAUCUCUACUGCCCAUCUCGACGAUACCUUACUGGGAGUGCAGUGUUUCUGUUUAUUCGGGAUCUGGUAUCAGUAUAACAUCGAGCCCAUUCAGGGCUGGAAAAUGUUCCGGACAGCAUCCAUGCUGUGGCAAACGUAUCGCUUGAAACACCGUGAGGGGAAGACGAUGAGAAGUGCGCAGGAAGAGAGUCUGGAGCAGCGGCUCUACUGGACAUGUUUAAAAUCCGAAUGCGAGGUUCGAUAUGAGCUGACAGAUCUCCCACCCUGUGACCUCAGCCUCUCCGACUUUCCUCAUUCUCUCCCAAGCUUCCCCACGAGACAACCAUCCAGCGACACCCCCGGAUGGAUGAUCUCCAGUCCCUCGUCCACAGACCUCGAAGCAGCAUCUUCCUACUAUUAUCUAGCGGAAAUCUUCCUGCGUAGACUUCUCAAUCGGGCCCGCAAUGCAGUUCGCGUCCUCUCCCCCGAUAUCGACCUACCCACCAUCAAGAUUCUGGCAGAAACUCUGAUACAGCUGGAAGGCCAACUCCAGCAGUGGGUCGACUGUCUCCCACCCACACUCCGGUUUAACAAUCCAUUCGACUCCGCCCCUAGACCACACGAGAGCGAGCUGAUGAAGCUCAGCCGUGAACGAUAUGUCGAGGUGCGCGAACUGCUCUGCCGCGCGUAUCUAUACCUGUGCAUCCAUGUCCCGCUCGACCCACGGAUGGCGGCGCUGUACGGGGUCAAAGCGAGCGAGGCGCUACACUUGGCAGUAUAUCGCAUCCAAACCGAGGUGCCAUUCUUCCGCCAUCCAGGGUCAUGGGGGGCAUGUCGAGUCCGGUUCAAUCAUGCGCUCUGCCUGAUUGCGGGAUUUCGUGCAAAGCGGAUGCAGCGCCCCUCGGCUGAGUAUGUGAGCAUUCCGCCCGACUGGGCGGACUGUGUGCGAGUGGUGAUUGAGCGGUUGAAGAUUUGGGGCGAGGAGGGAGGCGGGAUCAAGGAGUUAAGUGUGCUGCUGGAGUGGCUGAUGCAUGGCAAUUUGGAAUUGUAG